CAAGAAGAACAGUUUGCCGACAUUAGACCUAUUGGGCAGGUCCAAGACAUUUCCCAUGGAUGAGCUGGUGCAUGACUUGGCCUCGGCCUUGGAGCAGACCUCAGAACAAAACAAGCUGGAUGAGCUGUGGGAAGAGAUGGCCCUGAGCCCACGGCAGCAGCGGCGGCAGCUUCGCAAGAGGAGGGGUCGUAAGCGGCGCUCAGACUUCACGCACCAGGCGGAGCAUGCCUGCUGCUACAGUGAGGCUUCGGAAUCAAGCUUGGAUGAAGCCAUGAAGGACUGUCGUGAGGUGUUGACUGCCAACUUCAGUGACUCAGAUGACAUGGCUGUGGCCAAACGCCACCCUGCUCUGAGUGCCACCCUAAAGAGCAAGCAGCAUUCUUGGCAUGAGUCGGACUCCUUCACGGAAAAUGGACCCUGCCGACCCCUCAGGCGUCGCCGGAAGGUGAAACGUGUGACCUCAGAGGUAGCUGCUAGCCUCCAGCAGAAACUCAAGGUGUCAGAGUGGAACUAUGAGAGAGGCUAUAGGUUCAAGUCAGCCAAGAAGCAGCGUCUGUCACGCUGGAAGGAGAACGCUCCUUGGACUUCAUCCAGUCAUGGCCUGUGUGAGUCAGUAGAGAACAGGCCCUUCCUCAGUAAAGGCGGGAGGAAGGAGAGGAUGGAGUGUGAAGCGGAUGAACAAAAACAGGGUUCUGAUGAAAACAUGUCUGAAUGUGAAACCAGCAGUGUAUGCAGUAGCAGUGACACUGGCCUCUUCACCAAUGACGAAGGCCGUCAAGGGGAUGAUGAGCAGAGUGAUUGGUUCUAUGAGGGAGAAUGUGUCCCAGGAUUCACCGUCCCCAACCUACUGCCCAAGUGGGGAGCAGAUCACCGGUCUGAGGUGGAGCGAAUGGACUCUGGCCUGGAAAAACUCUCCGACUCUACGUUCCUUUUGCCCUCCCGGCCUGCUCAGAGGGGGUUUCAUGCUCGUCUGAACCGCCUUCCAGGAGCUGCUGCCCGCUGUCUCAGAAAGGGACGUAGGAGACUCGUUGGCAAGGAGACCAGCUUGAGCACUCUGGGCAGUGAGAGGAUGGGUCACAUCGUUAGUGACCCACGUCAAAAAGAAAAGAACAAAGUGCUGGCUUCCGAUUUCCACCACAUUGUGGCCUGUGCACAUGAGUUCAAUCCGUUAUCUCCUUUGUACUCUCUGGAUGUUCUUGCUGAUGCCUCCCACAGAAGAUGCUCACCAGCACACUGCACUGCCAGACAGACAAAUAUACACCUGGGACCGCCCUGCUCAAGGGAUAUCAAGAGGAAACGAAAGCCAGCAGCAGCUGCAGCCUCUCUUUCCAGCCCUACUUCAGCAGCUUUACCUGUCCACAUGGAUGCAGCAGACUCAUCCCUGCCAGCGACACAGUCCCAGAGGUCCCAGAGCUCUGACUGGACGGGCAGAACCCAGGCAGCAGAGAAAUCCACUGCUGCUGCCCCAGCUAACUUCUUUAAAACACCACAAGAGAAGGGCUCUGGAUACAGCUAG